AUGGUUUUCGACCUCCUCACCACCGUCUUCCACACAUUCAACGACCCCGCCGACCUCCUCCGCUGCACCGCCGUGUGCAGCUCCUGCUGGAUCGUCACCGCCGACGCCGACUCCGCAGAGCUCCGCCUCGUCAACCCCGUCACCGGCCAGCAGAUCGACUCGCUCCCGCCGGUCGACACCAUCCAGCACGUCAGGCACCGCAGCCAGAGCGCCGCCGCCGCCGACGACGACGAAGAUGACUACGACUACGAGAUCGUCCAGUACGACUGGACCAUGGAGCAGCGGGACGACCGGCCACCGACCGAGGUGAAGGCCGACGAGCUCGCCGAGUACCUCCUCAUGCGCGCCUUCCUGUCGUCUGAUCCAUCAUCGGACAGUGGCGGCGGCAGCUGCAUCGUUGUCCUGCUCCACCGGCCAAAGUACCAGCUGUCGUUCGCGCGGGUGGGCGUCGACGAGCGCUGGGCUUGGGUCAACCUGCCCGACUCGGACUUCUACACCGACGUGGUCUACAACGACCGCGACGGCAUGUUCUACGCUGUCACGCACCAGGCCGCCAUUCACGCCUACGACUUCUCCGGCGGGCCCUCCGCCGUGCGCCGGACGAUCGUCCUAGCCGACCAGUUACACGGCGUCAUCGACCUCGAGACCAAGUACCUCAUCCGCGGCCCCGAAGGUGGCGAGUGGCUGCAGGUGUGGAGGAUGCUGAAGCCCGUUCGUGCGGGUGAGGUGCACGACGCCGGCGCCGCCACCCACAACGACACGACGCGGACGACGACGGUGUAUAGGAAGACGACGAUCUGGAUCAAGGUGUACCGCGUGGACCUCGCCGCGCAAAGGCUGAAGGAGACGGCGACGCUGGGCGACGGCGGCGACAACCGCGCGCUGUUCAUCGGGUGCAGCCAGCCGUUCUGGGUGCCGGCCGGCGGCGGCGACGGUGAGUGCCCCGGUGGCGUGCUGCCCAACCAUAUCUACUACACGGACAACGAGGAGGACUACGCGCUGCUCUAUCCAGAGGCGCCCAGGGACAUCGGCGUCUACAGCGUCGUAGACGACAGCUUCUCGCCGUUCCGGCCAACUCAACCAUAG